AUGGGUAUUCGUACUUUCGCCAUCGGCGCCCUGUGCCUCGCCUCUUCGGUUGUCGCCCGUACUGAUCUUGUUGGAUGCACGUACUUUGACACUGUAAGCGCCUAUCCCGGCGGACAGCCGUUCGCAACUCGAAUUUGGUACGUUCCUGGCUCAGGCGAGCUCUGUGAUUUUCUCGACUGCGGCGGCGGCCGGGCUCCUCCCAAGACAACUGUGCCUGGGUGUGCGGCCUACGAGGGCACCGAGACGUACUCGCCUUCUUUCAUCAACCCGAAGACUCUUGGACAUGCUCCGGCCACGAAUAGCCCUGCGAAGACUACCGCCAGCGAGUCUGCUGCUGGGACUACUGCCAGUGGCUCGUCUGAUGUCGCCACCACCGCGACGACUCCUGUCGUCACAAAGGCGCCUGAGUCGUCGGUGUCUGGCUCAAACACGGCCCAGGUGACGGCAACGCCUUCCGGUUCUGGUGUGUCUGGCACUAAUAGCACGAAGCCGACGUCCAGCUCGAGCACUGGCGGAGCUGCUCUGCCUACGGCUGGUGCGAUGUUGGGCUCUUGGAUGAUGGCUGGUGUUGCUGCUGGGCUGGGCUUGUUUUAA